AUGCCCCCCAAGUCCAAGACCGGAAAGAAGCCCGCCUCCGCUCCCUUCGCGAGCAAGACCGGUAAGGUCGAGAAGAACCCUCUCUUCGAGUCCCGCCCGAAGAACUUCGGCAUUGGUCAGGACAUUCAGCCCGUCAAGGACCUCACCCGCUUCGUCAAGUGGCCGGAGUACGUCCGCCUCCAGCGCCAGAAGGUUAUCCUCAGCCAGCGCCUCAAGGUCCCCCCCGCCAUCGCCCAGUUCCACCACACUCUCGACAAGAACACGGCGACUCAGCUCUUCAAGCUCCUGAACAAGUACCGCCCCGAGACGAAGCAGGAGAAGAAGGCACGUCUUGAGGCGACUGCUCAGGCGGCUGCGGCGGACAAGUCGGCGAAGCAGGACACAAAGAAGCCGAUGUUCGUCAAGUACGGUCUCAACCACUGUGUCGCCCUCAUCGAGGCGAAGAAGGCGUCGCUCGUCGUCAUCGCGCACGACGUCGACCCUAUCGAGCUCGUCGUCUUCCUUCCCGCUCUCUGCCGCAAGAUGGGUGUACCCUACGUCAUCGUCAAGGGCAAGGCCCGUCUCGGCACGGUCGUCCACAAGAAGACCGCCGCCGUCCUCACCAUCCAGGACGUCAAGAGCGAGGAUCAGCGCGAGCUCGCGACCCUCAUCAGCGCCGCGAAGGCCAACUUCACCGACAAGUACGAGGAGCAGCGCCGCCUGUGGGGCGGAGGUCUCCGGGGUGCGAAGUCGACCCAGAUGCUCCGCAAGCGCGCCAAGGCCGCCGGCCAGGUUCUCUCUGCUGCCAACGCGCAGAAGCUUUGA